CAUCAUGAAGCGACAGUCACCUCGAUACGCAGUUGUUACUUCAGACGUUGUGUUGUAUUUUUCUUCUGCGAGCUUUGACUGCAAAUACGCUUUAAUAACUUUUGUGUAGACUGACACAUUUUAAGAUCGGAACCGAGUGCUGUGUGUCUCCGUUCGAUUCGCAGUUUAGCUCCGUUUCGCGAGUUAUUUGGUAGUUUGUCGAUCUUUUAUCAGCGUCUGGUGCUAGCUGUUAGCAUCGGAGCACCUAUUAGCCGCAGUGCUUGAGUUUGUUUCUGUCAUGGAGUAUCCAGGAGGAGGGGCGGCGCUGAACGCAGGGAACGUCCCGGCCUUCCUCACAAAACUUUGGACCCUAGUGGAGGAUCCGGACACCGACCCGCUCAUCUGCUGGAGCCCGAGUGGAACCAGCUUCCAUGUGUUUGAUCAAGGUCGGUUCUCCAAAGAGGUUCUUCCAAAGUUCUUCAAACACAACAACAUGGCCAGCUUUAUCAGGCAGCUCAACAUGUAUGGAUUCCGGAAGGUGGUCCACAUUGAGCAGGGUGGUUUGGUGAAACCAGAACGAGAUGACACAGAGUUCCAGCAUCCAUUUUUCAUCAGAGCACAAGAACACCUGCUGGAGAACAUCAAACGCAAAGUCAACAAUGUGUCCUCAGUGCGCCAGGAAGAUGUUAAAAUCUCUGCAGAUGAAGUCCACAAGAUCCUAAAUGACGUUCAGGUGAUGAAGGGGAAACAGGACACGAUAGACUCUAGGAUCAUCACAAUGAAACAUGAGAACGAGGCUCUGUGGAGAGAAGUGGCCAGUCUGAGACAGAAACAUGUUCAGCAGCAGAAAGUAGUCAAUAAGCUCAUCCAGUUUUUGGUAUCACUUGUCCAAACCAACAGGAUUCUGGGGGUCAAGAGGAAGAUUCCUCUGAUGCUGAACGACUCUAGCUCAGCCCACUCCGUCCCUAAAUAUAGUCGACCCUUCCCGUUGGAACACUUGCAGGCUGCUGCGAGCCGCUUCUCUAGCGAUGCUCCUGUCACCUCUGGGCCAAUUAUCUCUGACGUCACAGAGGUGGCCACACCAGCCGAGGUUGAAGUAGCCAGUGCCUGGACGGCUGCAGAAGAUGACCAUUCAGCAAACAUCAAAGAAGAACCACCCAGUCCUGAGGUGGAGAUGUGUGAAUCUACCCCCGUGGACACACCCCUCUCGCCCACCACAUUCAUUAACUCUAUUCUACAAGAUGAGACACAGCCAAACAUCAGUACCAGCACAGCCAGUCCUACUGUUGUAAUGUGCCCUGUCUCCACUGGACCCCACCCACAAGUCCUAACCAACUACUCGCCUGUCUCAGUUUCCACCACCAACAAUGCCACCACACCUCAGCAGAAGUGUCAGACCAUUGCCUGUAUUGACAGACCCCGCCCCCCUCCCUCUGCAGGUGGACCCUCACUUGAUGUUUGGCGCUUCAUAUCAACACAAGCUGACAAGUCUGAACUGUCGGAUCACGUUGAGAGCAUUGACAGCAGUCUAGAAAACCUGCAGACCAUACUGAACACUCAAACCUUCACCUUUGAUGCCUUGCCGCUGGUUGAGUUUUUCAGUUCCUCUGGUCCUUCCGGAGACUUUGAUCUUGACAGUUUAGACACUUUGCUGUCUGAAGAAGCUCCUAAAGGUAGUGAUGAAAGCACCAACAACACAGGGAAGCAGCUGGUGCAGUACACGCCUGUCUUGUCCGAGCCACUCGGGUUGGAGGGAGGAGGGGCUGACUUGCCAUCAUUGCUGGAAUUGGAGGCGGAGCCUUUCUUUAGCUCUGACCUGUCCACAGAUGACCCGGCUGCUGACCUGUUGAGCCAUGCUCACUUAGACACUGACCUCUGACAUCAUCAGUAACAAUAGAAAUGACAGUGAAUAAAGCAAUAGAUCGAUAGGUCAAAGGUGGUGUUUUUUUUAUUGAUAUCUACCCAUUUAUCUACCUGUGGUUUAUUCUGUGCUUUUUCUUUUAGCUUUUGGUUUGCUUGACUCAUUCUGUUAAACCGUCUCAUCUGCACCUGCUGUCCGUACCUGGACAGGAGAGCUGUUCUCUGGGUUCUACAUGUUAAAGUCAGCGUUUAUGGUUGUUUGUUUUUCAUUAGUAAAACAUGAAGAUAAGGAAGUGAAUGCUUUUGAAAAAGCUUAUCAGAAAUGUUUGGUAUAGGUCUAGUUUUGAACCACCUCAGCGCAAGUAUCUUGGAGAUAACACCAGGGAGAGGCUGGAUCAGUUUUAGUUUUGAUGGAGCCUUUACCAGUAUGCGUUCUGUUCACCAAACUCAAAACACAGACUGAAAACGUGCGUCCUUAGUGAUUGUUGCUCACUGGGUUACGGUUCAGUGAAGCUUUAAUUGAUUCUGAUCCAAGUCAGAGAACCAGCUAGAACUGUUGGCGAUCUUAACAGUAAGGCCCAUUCUGUACAGCAGAGUCCUCAGGGUUUUGGUGUCAAGUGAAGUUUCGAUUGAUUAUUUGCAACAUGGUUUGUCUCUGUAAGCUUUUAAAUAAAGCUUUUUAUGACUUGAUGGUCAAAGACUUGAUGCAUUUAUAUUUCAGCUAAAUUGCGUGAAGCCAGUUUUGUGUUGCUGUUCCUAUUUUUCCUUUAACACGAGAAUAAAACAAAGAUGAAAACACUUUGAUGCCUCUCAGUCCUAAGUCAUAUGGGAUCACGUUGUUAUGGAGUCAUGCAACGACAGUGGGUGAGAAUCAGGAGAUGGACUCAGGUGAAGUGUUUUAGUAGCUGUAAUUUGGGUGGUUGAGUGGUUCUGUUCUGACAACAGGCUUCAUCUGGUGUUUUCCCUUCACAUUAGGGUUCAAUCAGUGAUAAACAGAUUAGGCUGUGAAGAUGCUCAUUUACUGGUUUUGUUGUUAAUUCCAGAUGAAAACAGUUUGUGUAGUUUUGUGGUUGUUAACAUUAAGACUAACAAAAUAAAAUUACAUCCUUAAAGUUUGACGUUUGGACUCUUGACCUGUCAAUAAUUGUUUCUUACCUGUGAACCUGCUGCAACAGGAAGCAGAAAAGCUUCAGUCAUUAAUGCAUUUGCUUUUGAUACUAAAUGACAUUGGCGUAAAUCUUGUGUAUAAUUACUGUGAGAAUGAAAUGAUGGAAUGAAAUGUGGAAAACUACUAAAAGAUUUUCCAAACAUCAAUAAAAUGUUUAAAACUCA